AAUUGCCUUUGUUCUGUUCCGCCUCUAUAUAUCACUCGACCAGUCACCGAUCACGGAUGGUUCGUUCAACUGCUGCUCUGCCGUAUUCACACAUGUUUCUCUGCGCUUCUCGGCUGCCAACGCCCGCCCGCACCGCUCGAUCACCUUUCCGAAGCAAUCAAAGCUAUAAUUUAUGCAGCAUGCACGGCAGCCGUGUGACGCCCGGCCCGCGCGCGCGCACAAAUUUGAAUCCAGGCAGCAGCAGCGGUCUACAGUACAAUCAACGACCACACUGCGCGUAUACCGGGUAUACCAGCAUCGGAAAGAUUCUCGACGGGACGUUUGCUUGCGAUGUUGACCCCUGACCAUGCAACGGCCCGACUGGAUCACUUUGUGAAUGACUUUGGAUGUGCUCGGCACCAUGAGUCGAUCGCAGUCAAGUCCCG